CCCACUUGACAGGCAGCAUUGGAUCCAGUGCACAUUUCUCUUGGCCAUUUGCUUACUUCCGGCCUACCCCCGUAUCAAUAUCAAGUUGGCUGGUCUUUAUCGGACUUAAGCAACCUAAACUCCGCUCCCCAUUAAGAGUUCUUUCGCGACAAUAUGCCGCCUACACCACCCUCGACGACGCCCUCUAGUGCUGGGCAGUCCCCUCCAGACCCCCAGUUCAGGGUCGUGCGCAAGAGGAAUCGGGUUCCUCUUUCCUGUGGGCCAUGUAGACAUAGGAAGUUAAAAUGUAAUCGCGGUCACCCCUGCGAUAACUGCACCAAGCGGGGAGAUACCGCAUCAUGUACGUACGCAACACCGGGCAGUCGCAAGAAGAGCUCUUCCAGCACUGGCACCAAUGCUUCUCCUGAUGACAUGCAAAAUCGCAUUGACCGUCUCGAAGGACUUGUUCUUUCACUGAUGACCAAUGGAUCUCAGAGUGCUGGUCCGGCUGCUGCCCAGGCAGCCAUCGCAGACAGUUAUAGCAAUAGCUCCCCGGAUCAGAACUACGACAUGUCGAACGGCCCCGAAUCGAUUAAGGAAGAUGACGAAGGCGAUGAGAGUGAGGUCGAGCACGUUACCAAGUCGAUAGGUGUGAUGAAGGUGGACAAUAACCGGUCGAUCUUUGCAUCGGAGGCGCAUUGGUAUGCCAUUUUGGGGGAGAUAUCUGAAGUAAAGAGUUACUUCUCCGAGCACAAGAAGCAGUACGACGAACAACUGAAGCGAUAUCAAGCGAACCACAAUGAAGAGAUCAGCCCGGGCACUGCGUUCCUCUUCGGUGCAGCAAAACCCACAACACAGGCAGAGCUUCUCGCACGAUUUCCAGUCAAACAGACAGCUGACAUCCUGGUCACUCGAUAUUUCAAUACGUACGACCCUGGAAUCCAUGUCAUACAUGGGCCCACAUUUCAAAAACAAUACGACCAACAUUGGGCAAAUCCCACUGAAACACCUAUAAUUUGGCUUGGUCUGGUAUACGCAAUGAUGUGUAUAGCACUGCAGUCGUACAGCCGUGCGGGUGAUGAGCCGCCAGAAUACAGGAAUAAGACUUGGGAAAUGUCAGGCGAGUACCGAACACUCACUGCCCAAUGUCUCGUUAUGGCAGACAUCACACAACCCAUCAUGAACAUGCUCGAAACACUCAUCCUCCAUAUUUAUGCCGACUACGCUCGCAGCCGAGAUGCCGAAGUGGGUAUCUUGAUCAGCACAGGCAUCAUUGUCAGGCUAGCGAUGCGGAUGGGAUUGCAUCGUGAUGCUGGGCCUUACGCUGGCAUUAAUGAGUUCCAAGGCGAAAUGCGACGGCGAGUAUGGGCAUCUAUUCGAUCGAUGGAUCUGCUCUUUUCAGCCCAGGCUGGCAUGCCACCAAUUGUAAGACCACGCGAUACCAACACAGAAAUACCUCGCAACAUUUACGAUGACGAGCUCUACGAGGACAUCAAGGUUCUUCCCCCGUCUAGGCCGGAAACGGAGGCAACUCCGACGUUAUUCUUAAUCAACAGAACACGACUUGUGUACAAGCUAGGAGAAGCUAUAGAACUCACCGAGUCACUGACAUGUUCAUCAUACGAAGAGGUUACGAAGAUGGAUGAACAGGCACGGACAAUUCAUGCGCAAGUGUCACCGCAGUUGACGAUGCGCUCGAUGGAUGAGUCUGCUCGGGAUCCUUCAACACUCAUUAUGCAACGCUUUACUCUGGACUUGCUGUUCUUAAAGAUCAUUAUUGUGCUGCAUCGGAAAUACCUUCCAGCUGCGAGGGUCAACGCCCGAUUUACCUACUCUCGUAAGGCAUCAAUCGAUGCGGCUAUGAUCAUGCUCCAACAUCAGGCGACAUUACACAGGGAAUGUCAGCCAGGAGGACGGUUACGGAGUGUCAAGUGGUUCAUUUCCUCGUUGACUUCCAACGACUUCCUAAUUGCAGGCAUGAUCGUUGCCUCGGAUCUCUAUCAUAUGGCGCGGGUGGAGCGAUCAGGUCGAAGUCCGCCUGGUGACGGUUACGCUUGGAGCCGCGAGAGAUGCCAGGAAAUGCUGGAUGCCAUAGAGACAGCUGUCGGGAUCUGGGAGGGUCUCAAAGACGGUUCUAUGGAAGCCUACAAGGCUCAUACCACCCUUACCGUCAUGUUAACGCAGCUCAAACAACAUCAGACAGUCCGCCAAACACCGCAGAGCUUUUCCUCUGCUUCCGGUUCAUCUUUCCCAUCCGCCAGUCCCAUGGAUGACUCGAAUGUUGCACCAGAACAUUCAGCGGCUAUGACAUUGGGCAUGCUCAGCACGGGUGGCAUGACGCCCAAUUCCGCGAACAUGUUCGACACCCGCUACCCUGCAGUGCCUGCUUCCAUGGCAAAUAUCUUAAACGACGCUGCCCCUCAGCAAACCUCCGCAUUCCCUAACCAGUUCGGCGCGGGUGUCACUAGCGGACCAGACAAUGCGCCCAGUCCGUUCUCUAAUCUUUUCGGAGCAAGUAUUGGUUUCCAAAAUAUGGACCUCCCAGAUACUUCCAACAUUGAUUGGAACGCUUGGGAUUCGUACAUCCAGGGACCUGGUAUGGAUACGACGAACAACUUCUUCCCCAUGGACAUGGGAAUGCAGACGGAUAGUGUUCCCAACGGUUUAUCUCCAACGUCAGCUCAACAGCAGAGUAACACCAACAAUGAAGCAUUUUCAAUGACUGGAAUGAACGGGCCAGUGAAUGGGGGACCUUUCAUGGGAGUGAGCACACCUGGUCCCAAUACGUUUGGGUCGGCAAGUUGACGAAUCGCAGGCACCUCACGACCCGAAGACAUCUCCUGGAGGGGGAUACGCGUUGGGCUUUGUGCUACCCAAGAGGGAAUAACUUCGCAAUGAGGGAGUUUAUUGAGCAAAUGAAUCUAUCACGAUUCU